CAAAAAGACAAUGAUAGGACCACAACUAAACUAAACCCCUUUCACUCUCUCUCCAUCUUCUUGCAAAACCCUUGUUUUUCACUCUCCAAUUUCUCUCAUUUCAUCCAAAUUCAUCCCAUGAGUGAACCGGCGACCCCUCCACCGACCAUCGGAAAGAUGGGUCCGUACACCGUCUUCAUUACCCAUCCGUCCGAUCCUUCUGAUCCGCCGGUUCAAUCGCCGCCGGUUCUAUCUUCUCAUCCGGUUCAGCCUCCUCCGGUCCAGUACCCGAAGUCUACUUCACCCAAAUCCGGGUUUAUAUGGGAUGCUGUUGCGAAAGUACAGAAGGCACAUUCAAGUUUGGACGAGUAUGUAGCACAUUGGUUUGGGUUGAAUCAAUCAAAAUAUCAGUGGGCUCUCGACGAUUACUAUGAAAGCAAGGGAUCGCUGCAGGACAAAGUUGACGCACAGGUGACACAUGCAGCCCCGAAAGCUCAAAGGGUGUAACAUAUGCUUAGUUGGCAGGAUGGGAUUUGGUUGAGAAAGAACACCUUCAUAAUGUCUUUUUGAGCAUGCUAUGUCUAUAAGAUGACUUGGUUCUUGGGUGGAUCUGAUUGGAUCAGUCUACAUGAUUAUUGGGACUUGACCGUGAACAUUUUGGUGCACGGUUGGACUGUUAUUUAGUAGCGAGUAUGAUUCAUGUAGUUUGAUCCGUUUAUGGUCUUUUUAAUCACUCACCGGUAAUCAUAUAUUUGGCAUGAAGUGUAAUGUGUUUGUUGUUGAGUUUAUGCUUGCAUUUUGUUUUAAAA